AUGUCCGCUUUCUGCCUAGACCUGCAGACGUCUGCCGUGGUUUCAGCACCACUGGAACUGGACAGCGACUGCAUGGAGUCCCGGGCCAGCCCCUCCGCCCAUGAGCCUGGCGGCUUUCAGGGUCAUCCGCUGCGGCACGCCGGCUCUGGAGGCCUCGGUAUGGCCUUGGAGGAGGAACUGGCCAUGCUUACCGGGGAGCGGGAGGACGAGGAGGAGCUGUCGGACCUAGAAACGCCUGCGGUGGGGCAUAACGCAGACUUACUGUCGCUCUUCCGUCAAAAGGAAAAAGACUUGGUUUUAGCUGCUAAACUUGGCAAAGCGUUGCUGGAAAGAAACCAAGACUUGACCAAGCAAUAUGAGAAAAUGCACAAAGAUCUCAACGAGAAAUUAGAGCACUUGGAACAGGAGAAGCAUGAGUUGCGUCGGCGCCUGGAAAGUCGAGAGGGGGAGUGGGAGGGUCGUGUGGCCGAUCUGGAGACGGACGUCCAGCAGCUGCAGGGUGAGCUGGAGCGCCACCAGGUCCAGCUGAGAGAAGCUGACAGGGACAAGACCAAGGCCAUCAGUGAGCUCUCUGAACAGAACCAUAGACUGCUGGAGCAACUCAGUAGGGCUGCAGAGGUGGAGAAGCAGCUGUCCACUCAGGUCCAUUCAUUACGGGACGACUUCAGGGAGAAGAGUAUGUCUACGAGCCAGCACAUGACACGACUAGAGACUCUACAGGCUGAGAUUAAGAUGCUGUCGGAGAGGAAGAUGGAGCUGGAACGCCGGGUGCACGCAAUGCUGGAAGAGAAUGAGCUGCUGCAGAGUACAGUGGACGACCUCAGAGAGAGGACGCUGGUGUUGGAGAAGCAGUGUCACGAGAAGGACCUACAGUUGCGACAGAGCCAAAUGGAGCUCCAGGAGGUUCAGGUUUCUCACAGGCAGCUGACUGCUCAGCUGGAGGAGCUGACAGAGGAGCACAGCCUCCAAAGCCUCACCCCACACCCGUCCAGCCUGCUGUGUGAGAUAGAACAGAGCAUGGAGCAGGAGGAGCAGGAGCAGGAGAGGGAGCAGUUGCGUCUUCAGCUGUGGGAGGCCUACUGUGAGGUCCGCUCACUCUGCUCCCAUCUCCGGGGAAACGACGUCACGGACUCGGCGCUGUCCACCGACUCUUCCAUGGACGAGUCCUCGGAGACGUCCUCAGCCAAGGAUGUGCCUACUGGCAGCCUCCACACCAGCCUGCUGGAGUUACGGAGGCUAACACAGAACCUGCUGGAUGGCAACGAGUCCACGAUGGCGCUGCUCUCUGUAGAAAUGUGCUCUCUGCGGGAGGAGAACCAGCGGAUCAGGAUGAUGGCUGAAGUCCGAGAACCCAGCGAGCAGCUCCAGAGUGCAAUCAGAGACAGAGACGACGCCAUAGCCAAAAAGAAAGCGGUGGAGAUGGAGCUGGCCAAGUGUAAAAUAGACAUCAUGUCUCUGAAUAGCCAGCUUCUGGACGCCAUCCAGCAGAAGCUCAACCUGUCGCAGCAGCUGGAGGCCUGGCAGGAUGAUAUGCACAGAGUGAUUGACCAGCAGUUGAUGGACAAGCACCAGGACGAGUGGCGCUCGGCCCCUUCCUCCCUGUCAGGGUCAUCGAGGGCCCACGGCGGUCAGUCCUCCAGACGAGCUCACCGCAUCUCCGACCGGGACAAGAGACUUUUCUCUUUUUUCAAAAAGAACUGA